AUGGCUGUUGUCAGACAGACAAAGCGGAGAGGCAAAUAAUUCGCCUCUGAUUAGAAAUCCUUGGGAAGGGGUCGGUCAGGGCACUGGAACCACAUUGCUGUACAGUUUGGCUGCAGUGGAAGAGACAGCGGGUCUUUGCUCGACUUCUACAUUUAAAUGGUUAAGUGGACGAUUUGAACCGAGCAGCAGGAUGUCUGAAUUCAGUGAGGAGCCGCGCUUCACUAUUGAGCAGAUAGAUCUGCUGCAGCGGCUGCGUCGCACCGGCAUGACCAAGCAGGAGAUCCUGCACGCACUUGACACUCUGGACCGGCUGGACCGGGAGCACGGUGACAAGUUUGGCCGACGCACCUCCUCUUCCUCCUCGUCCUCGUCCUCCUAUGGAGUUGGCGGGGCAAACAACAACUCUGCCUCUAAUAAUACUACAUCAUUCAACAAUAACAACACUGCCUCGGCAACCACCACCUCUUCCGUGUCAUGCAAUGGCAACAACAACAACGGCGAGGCCAGCACUAGUGACAACUCUGCAGCUGCUGCCUCUUCCACGACCUCCAAAAUCUCCACAGCCACGCAGACGCAGUUUGGCAGUGGUGGGGGACUCUCACCAUCUCAAAGCAACAGCUAUGACACCUCCCCUCCUCCAGGGCCGCCACCGCCUUCAGCCAUCUUGCCCUCGCCCGUCUCACUGGUGGCUCUAUCACAAAACGGCCGGGAUAGCCUGGCCGCCACACCCAACGGGAAGCUGUCUCCUCCGAGGUACCCGGUUAAUAGCGCAGCUGCAGCGCGAGCGUUUGGGUUUGAAGCUACAGAAGAAGACCUGGACAUCGAUGAUAAGGUGGAGGAGCUGAUGAGGAGGGACAGCAGCAUGGUGAAAGAGGAGAUCAAAGCCUUCCUUGGAAACAGGAGGAUCUCUCAGGCAGUGGUGGCACAAGUUACAGGCAUCAGCCAGAGCAGGAUCUCCCAUUGGCUGCUGCAACAUGGCUCCGACCUGAGUGAGCAGAAGAAAAGGGCCUUCUACCGCUGGUACACGUUGGAGAAAACAACCCCAGGGGCCACUCUGAACAUGCGGCCAGCACCAUUACCCAUGGAGGAGAUGGAGUGGAGGCAAACCCCGCCCCCUCUCACCACUGCCCCUGGUACCUUCCGGCUGCGCCGAGGAAGCCGCUUCACUUGGAGGAAAGAGUGCCUGGCUGUGAUGGAGAGCUACUUCAACGACAACCAGUACCCAGAUGAGGCCAAACGGGAAGAGAUAGCAAACGCCUGCAACGCUGUCAUUCAGAAACCAGGAAAGAAGCUGUCGGAUCUCGAGAGGGUAACAUCCCUGAAAGUUUACAACUGGUUUGCCAAUCGUCGCAAAGAGAUCAAGAGACGGGCUAACAUUGAAGCCACAAUCCUGGAGAGUCAUGGGAUAGAUGUCCAGAGUCCAGGGGGACACUCGAACAGCGAUGACAUCGAUGGGAAUGACUUCUCAGAGCAGGCAUGUGACCUGCCUUAUUUUGACAAGAGACCUCUCAGUCGACCUUUCAGCCUUUACCGACUGGAGCCCACCUCGCCAACACAGGAUGAGGGUGCAGCACACAGCGAGCACCAGGACCCCAUCUCUUUGGCUGUGGAGAUGGCCGCGGUCAACCACACCAUCCUGGCCUUGUCCAGAACCGGAGGGGUCCCCAACGACAUCAAGACCGAGUCCCUGGAGGACGAAUGAACUGCACAGGAACUGGGAUGGAGGAAGGGGACGAGUGAUAUGACGAGGAGUGGGAAAAGGUGGGAAAUGCUGAGCUUGAAAAAAGAAAAGAAAGACCAAAUAAUGUUACUUAGUAAACCUUUUGAAUCUGUCCCUCAACCUGCCACUUGCUAACGGUUCCAUCUCUCUCGGCCUCCCUCCUCCCACAAAGUUCGUGUAAACAGUUAUUACAUCCUAUCCCCACCCAAACCCCUACCAAACUGAAACAGCUGGCGGAUCUCCUCUGAUCUCUGAGAAAAUGUCCAGCAGAAAUAAGAAGGUUGGCAAUCCAGGCCCUUUAAUCCUCAAGAGGGUGGUCCUCGGCUUGGAUUGUGUCUCCCAGGAACUCCCCUCACUCCACUUUAUACACUCUCUCCUCACAGGAUACCUCUAAUCUCUCCUCUCCCCAUCCCCUUACCCCCUCUCCUUCCCUCUCAAGCCUUGUUCUCUGAGCCAAUCCUCAGUCUAUUAAACCUCAGCGUCAACCUCAGAAAAAAAUAAAUCACAUGUAUAUAUGAUAUAUAUAUGGUUCUAAUGGUUCUCAGUCACACUCACCUCAUGGUGUGCUAUCUACCUACCUACAUACUCCUCAAAAUUCACCUCCUUCAUUGUGCAAUUCAUAAGUAGAGCAGCCUCCAGCCGUUGUCCAGGGAAAAUAUGGACUGUUAGGGUUUAAUUCUCUCCUUCUCCUGCACAGAGGCGGUCAGACAAGACAUCCAAACAAUCCAGUUACUGUCUUCUACAGAGGACCUGCUGUUGAAUGAAAACCUCUGACAAGUCAGAAAGAAAGAAAUAGCCUUAAUGUCAUACACAUAUGUACACUAUUACUGCAUACGGUUUAUAUACAACCCGUUCUUUCCCUGACAGUACGUUUAAAUGCCAGAUUAAAGUAAGGUAUAUAUUCAACAGCAGCAGUGGUUUAAGUGUCGCCUACAUUUGCCUCUGUAAAAACAUUUGUCGUUUGGACUUAAAACAAUCAUACAAGGCUCAACAGUGUGGUUCCAGAAGUAAAAAUCCUGUUCAUUUUCUCCAUAGUGGAUUUGAUUAUUAGCCAUAAUGUCAUAACCAUCCAUGGUAGACUCACCACGAGCUGCCUGUGUGUAAAACGAUGGUAUGUGCUCCUUUGUUUUAUGAUUAACAUGGUUUAUCCGCAAUAUAGUGGAAAAGAACUACACUACCCACGAUCAUCUCAGAGUGUCACAACAACGUCUCUGAUUGGUGGAGCUCGCUGUAUGGCGCUGUAUGAGAACGGAUAGUUUCCCUGGCAGGUUAGCUGUUUAGUUAGCUAAAACAAAAUGUUCUAAAAGCCUUGUUAUGUCACAGUGAAUGUAAUUUACAUAUUCAACAACACACACUAAAAGAUAGUACAACCCUCAACAAUGAUUAAAGUUACAUUCAAGAAGAAGAGAUAUCAUUCCCAAUGGAUUGUGGGAUGGGUAGUUCCCUGACUCUAGAAGAAAAUGAUGUACACAGUCCUGUUGUUCCAUUGCCUUUUCGACUGUUCCUGCCGUUUUGGCAUUGAAUCAAAUGACACUAUAGUACACUAAGUAUUGGUAGCUGCUUGUCUUGGUUACAGGCGUCAGUCACUUAAUUAAAGGAUUUUGUGAAAUGUCAAUGGGGGAUUUGAAUGGGGAAAUUUACUUCUGGAACUAGAGCCGCCGAAAAAGUGGGCGGUCACUGUUUGAGCUCUAUUGCCUUGAUAUUUAGUCUCCCAGUGACACUGUCAUGUAGUACUCAAGGCUACGAGAAUCAAUGUGAUAAUCAAGCAAACUUAAGCUAUAUAAUAAGAGGGAAUCGUGCUUUGUUUAAAUGUCAUAAAUGCCAAAGGAAAAUAUGCUUGGAGCUAAAAGCUAAGAGGCUUAGCAAAGAUUUAACCUGAAGAAUUGUGUCUGCAAUCAUCCAAAGUGAUUUUUAUUGACAGUUCUGGCGUAUGUAGAGAUUGUUUCUCUUGCAAAGAGAAGCCUCUUGAGCCGGCGUGGAGUCACAUGUGGGGUUGAAACUAAAGCAGGCCUGUAUCAGUAAAGAUAGGUAUUAGCAGCCAGAUGUUUAAUGAUCAAAUUCCUAAGCUAUUUGCGACUUGUUCUGUGACGCUGCCUCUUUAUAAUGGCCUAAAGAAUGUGCUUUCAGAAGAUAAUUUUAUCCCUGUGUGUAUCAAAGCAGACUAAAUCCACAUGGAAGUCAAUUAGAAGAACUUUUAAGGUGAUGUUUUUAUUUAGUCUAUAAUAGCCUCAAAGGUAAAAUAACCACUUUGAAGGAGGUCAAAGACAUUUGAAGUGGUGAUAAUGGACAAAAGAAAAGUCCUUCACACAUCUAUUCCAUAAGACAGAUGUGUAGGAGAGGAAUGUGUCCAUCAAAUAUGUGGGAAAUCUUCCACAUUUCUUUAACCCAGGUAUACAUUUUCCAAAACCACCUUUGACAUAAUACAAUCAUAAAGUCAUAAGAAGAGACAAAGUGCUGUGUUCCUUCAAGGUAAAGGUCCUGUUCCUCAACAUCACUAAUCGUUAAGGUUCCUUCACUGAUAUCAUGUCACAUUUGGUCAAACGGUGAACAAGUUGAAUAAACAGUUCAGGGGGAAAACAGGCUCAUUCAUUUUCCUGCCAUGUUUGAUGAGAAGAUUGAUGUCACACUUCAUGUCUGUUGGUUCAAACUAAAGUUGCAGUCUGGAGAAUGUUAACGUAGCAUGAAGACCGGAAGGGAAAAAAUGUCGUCUGACUCAGCCCAAAGGUAGAAUAUCUGCUCUAACACAUCUCAAGUACAGACGUAAACAAGUCAUAUUUUUAAUCAAGCCAUACAAAAGGAGAAAGUUUAAGAUUGCCAUGUUGUUGUUUAAUGGAUUGAUAAAGAGCUGGGAUAUUUUGUGACAGGACACAAUGACUUCCUGUGUCUUUUUUUAUAUUAUAAUGUGCUUUUCUGGGGGUCUUGUGAAAGACAUUUUUUACUUCUGGCUUUUGCUUUUAAGCAGAGCCAGAAGCAGAUGACCCAGCUGAACACGACAGCUUUUCUAUUGUAUUAUAUCGUGGAAGUGUAGAAGUGUUGCUUAGGGAUUUUGUUUACAUUAGAAAGUCCAACGCUUGACGUUCCUCGUUUCCCAAAGUCUUCAUGCGAAGCAAAGGUAACUUUCUCCACACUGUAGCUUCAUGUUAAAGGAGCAAUAUGUAACUCUGACACCUAGUGUAUAAAAUGGGUAUCAGUUACAUAUGAACCAGUUUGCUUACCCACAUACAUCGCUGGACAUACUGGCUGCUGCAUUGUUGACAGAGAAACCAGCACUUCAACACAGCAUGUUUCCUUAAUAUCUGAUGAUAAAGGUCAUUUAAUGAUUUAAUUCAGUAAAUAUCACACGUAUUAGAUCUUUAAGCAUUCAGACAUUAGAGUGGUAUCGAUCUUCUCACUUAAAGUCUUGGCAUGAAAGCAAUAGUUUGACAUUUCCCAUAAUGAUACAUUAUUGCUUUACAGGAACCCCCUGGCUUUAUGAUGGUUUUGGAGAAUGGGGAAAAUAUUCUACAAGCAGGAUUAAACAAAGCAAAGUACUGUGUUUAAAAAAAAAAAAGUCCCAUGUGGACAUCUGUGAGG